CCUAUAUGAGUGAUGAGGUUAUUAAAUAAAAUUACAAAUCGGAUUUACAUUCUUAUUCAUCUGUGGGGUGUCAUAAUUACUCUUCUUACAAAAAGCUUGAGAGGGUAGGGUGUAUAGAUUUUAAGUGCAUGAUGGCUUUCCUGUCUUGGAGAGCGGAAACGUGGUUAAGCCGUAUUAUGGGAUGGCUGCUAUAAUGGUGUUACUUCAUUGUUCACUUGAAAUGGCCCGCGAUUGGUCCAAAAGUUUUCAAUAGAUCCGAACCCUCGGCCAAUUAGAAUUAAGGCUGCCCAUCAAGCAGCUUUGACCGUUCGCAGUGACCGCUCCGCAUUAUCACACCCCGUUUCGGUCGAGUUAACAUCACUGCUGAUUGAUUCGCGCUUCUUCGCAAAGUUAUUUGUCCCGCUUCAUUUCGUCGAAAUCUAAAUAAGAUGCCUACCGCUGUUGUUACGGUCCGCUGGCUUCAACCACCCCGCUACCGCGGCAUGGAAGAGACGGUCUCUCGUAGUCGAGUUCGACAACGAGGUCAUCUCAGUGUGGGCGAAGAGGUUCGAGUUCGCUACAAACGUAGCUACUACAAGGCAGAGAUCAUUGAUAAUGGUGAAGUGUCCUCUACCGAGCCAGCCGACCAUGGUCUUCCCGUCGAGACUCACACCCCUGCAUCCUCUACCGGCUCCUCUCUGGAUUCUCCUGCUCCAGCGAUCUCUCCGUCAUCAACAUCAUCACCAUCACUGCUCGACGCCGAUGACGUCCUAUUUCUAGAGCGGGAUGCUAUUCACCUGGUCUCGCCUGUCUCCAACUACUCCGUCGCAGACGCUGUGGAGAUGAUUGAACUCGAAGCUGAUUCCGACGCAUACGGCAGCGACAUAUCCCUAAGUGACGACGACGAUUUCGAGGCCAUGCCCACCUUCAUGACUCCCGAGGAAUCAGACGCGGCCAUCUUGAGGCACGCCCAGCGGUUGAUUGACCAUCGCAUCGGAUCGCGUCCCAGAGACACCGACCCGACCAACCCGAGACCGUCCCCCGAUGUCCACACGUGCUCAUCAUAUGACAGGAUUGAUAACGUCACGUCAAGGAUCGAGGUUGUCAUCAAGAGCGUUGAGGACGCCGUCAGAAGCACCGAGGCCUGUUUUGUGUACCUGUCGGACCUGCCGAUGACUGCCCUCCAGCGGUUGCAUGCUAGCAUUACUUUCUCUAUGAGGUGCAUCGAUGACGAACUCUUGCCUAUGGUUGAGUCGUUUACUGCGAUCCUUCUGCGCGAGGACAUGCCUUGUCUUCGGUGCCUUGUCGACUUGGGCAAGACUGCCCGGAGGUGUCACUUUGUCAGAGACGACCUGAUUGUCUUCAAGUGUGUGGCUUCAGGACAGAUUCGCUGCUGUGAAGAGUGAACUGUUGAGAUUGAACAUUUUCUUGUUACAUGUAUCUUUCGAUGGGAUAUACCCUCAUAUGAAUAAUGGACUCUUUUUUAAAUGUUCUUAGAAAUAAUAUACUAAGUUUGUCAAGAAGUCUUCUGAACAAUAUAAUGGAAAAUGAUUUUCAGAAAUGAACUCUCGACGCAUGGUUAUGUGACAUGCAUGUACUUAUGCUUGUGCUAUUUAGUUGUGUAUGUUAAUGAUGCCAUUUUGUAAAUAAUAUUUUCCUAAGUAUAAAAUGAAAUAAAGUUGGUUGAAAAGUAUU